AUGUCGAUGCCAUCAGGCGUUUCUAUAGCGGAUGAAUGCAUCACCGCCUACAGCCAACUCCGUUCCGGAAGAGGGACAAAAAAGCCAACAUUUGUGAUCUACCGGAUCUCAGACGAUCAAACAGCGGUUGUAGUAGAAGAAUUAUCUGCAGAAAAGGAUUUCGAGGCCUUCCGCCAGAAACUCAGCUCCGCUGUGGAUAGCCGUGGCAACCCUGCCCCACGCUAUGCGGUGUAUGAUGUUGAAUAUGACCUUGGAGAAGAUGGCAAGCGGUGCAAGACAGUAUUUAUAAGUUGGGUGCCUGCUAGCACGCCGCUGAAACUGUGUAUGCUUUACGCGAGCACCAAGGAGCAGCUGCGGAGCGCUCUUGAUGUCAAAUUAUCCAUCCACGCCGAUACACCGGAUGAGAUUGAAUGGAGGACCGUGCUAAGCGUGGCCAGUGGAGGGAAGGUUUGA